CAGGGUUAUGGUUUCUUCUUCUUCUAUAGUAAUCUUUAUUCACAGGCCGUCGCGAUAUUGGUUUAGGCUAGAAAGAUGACAUCUCGAACCUGGAAUCAGUUUUGGGGUUCCCGUUUUGUCAAGGCCCCUUUACAGAACGGAGUUGGUCGAUACGUUCAGCAGCUGCAAAGAAUUACUCUCAAGUUCUGCAAGACUCAUGGCAAUAGCAAAGGAAUGAGGGAGUACAUAGAGAAAGAACUGAUACACUUUGCGAGAGAAAACCCUGGAGUUGUCGUAUAUGUCAAACCUCGAAGGCACAGAGCACCAUGUCUUAAGGCUGAGUAUUUGAAUGGAGGAGAGGAUUAUAUAUCAACACACCAGCUGCCCUGCCAAGAUAUUGUCCGUUGGAUGGCGUACUUGAAAGGGAAGUCUGGAUACCACACAGAACGACUGCGUAAAUUACAGCAUACUGAUCAUCCUUCCAUUCAGGGACCUUGGACUCCUUGGAUCCAUCGAGACCAACAAAUCAACAUAGCCAAAUACCCAAAUGAGGAAUUAUCCCAUGCACCAGUUACUGAUAAAAGUGCUACUGAAAUUCUUAGAGAACUGUUUGAGAGACAAAAGCUGAUGGAAAGUGAGGAAGGUCCUGCUGAAACAAACGAAUCUUCAGAGAAAAGCUCUUCAAAUUGAGUAGAAAAUCUGAGCAUUUACAGAUAAUGUUUUGUACAGUUGAAGCUUUUGUAGUACUUUUUAUUUGUGAUGUAAUGCAUUACUGUAAAUAUUUUGUAUUUAAAUAAAACCAUAAAAUACCAA